UUGUUCUGUUUGUUUGUUGUUUGAGGUUAAGGUUGAUAAAAUAGCUUGUUCAAUAUACCCACUUACCUACAUUAAUUUGAUCAUAAGGCAUACUCUUGGCUUAGUUGCAACGAUGAUUUAACAAUAUUAUUGAGUUUACCGAAUUUUCUCACUUAAAUUUCUUAAUAUGGCUGGUGCUAAACGCAACAAGAAAGAUUCAGAUCGUAAAUGGAAGAGAAGGAAGAAGGAUGAAGAAGAAGACUCGACCAAUGUUGACGACCCUGGUGAAGGCAAUGAAGAGGAGUUUGUUCCUGGGGCGGCUACUAAAAAUGCGGAAACAGCUGAUCAAGGGGUGAAAGAAGAUGAGUUUGGAGCCAAAGACUAUCGUGCUCAGAUGUCGCUCAAGCCGGACCACGGUUCUCGUCCACUUUGGGUGGCACCCAACGGUCACAUAUUCUUGGAAUCUUUUUCGCCAGUCUACAAACACGCUCAUGAUUUCCUCAUUGCGAUAUCAGAACCUGUAUGCCGUCCAGAACACAUUCAUGAGUACAAGCUCACCGCAUAUUCACUGUAUGCUGCAGUCUCAGUGGGGUUGGAAACUCAUGAUAUCAUUGAGUACCUUAAGCGCCUCAGCAAAACUACAGUGCCUGAUGGAAUUGUGGAGUUUAUUAAACUUUGUACACUCUCCUAUGGAAAGGUGAAACUAGUGCUGAAGCACAACCGAUAUUUUGUGGAGUCACCGUUUCCUGAGGUGCUACAGAAGCUACUCAAGGACCCAGUGAUACAGGAGUGUCGUCUGCGACGGGCUGUUGACAAAGAGAAAGAUACAACACUGAUACCUCAGCCACUGGAGAACAAGGGUCUGCCUUUGUUUCGAAGUAGUCAGCCUGUCCAGACUGAACUUCCGGCUGUGACCGAGGAAGAAGUCAAGGAAGCGGUUCCUGAAGAUAUUACAGACUUUUACGACAAAAUGGAUAAGGCAGAUGAAGACGAAGAUGAGGAAUCUAGUCUUAAAACUGUUUCAUUUGAAGUGAAUCAGGAAAAAAUAGAAGUGAUACAGAAACGUUGCAUUGAAUUGGAACAUCCUUUGUUAGCGGAAUAUGAUUUUCGCAAUGAUACGGUCAACCCUGAUAUCAACAUUGAUCUGAAGCCCUCAGCAGUCUUGCGACCUUACCAGGAGAAAAGUCUGCGUAAAAUGUUUGGAAACGGACGUGCAAGAUCAGGCGUCAUUGUCCUACCUUGUGGUGCGGGCAAGAGUCUGGUAGGUGUAACGGCUUGCUGUACUGUACGAAAGCGAGCCCUGGUUUUGUGCAAUUCAGGUGUCUCCGUGGAACAAUGGAAACAACAGUUUAAAAUGUGGUCGACUGCUGAUGACAGCAUGAUUUGCCGCUUCACGUCUGAAGCCAAAGACAAGCCGAUGGGUUGCGGUAUCCUGGUCACUACUUACUCCAUGAUUACUCACACACAGAAACGCUCCUGGGAGGCUGACCAGACCAUGAAAUGGCUUCAGGAACAAGAGUGGGGAAUUAUGGUCUUAGAUGAGGUACACACAAUCCCAGCCAAGAUGUUUCGUCGAGUGUUGACCAUCGUCCAGUCACACUGUAAACUCGGACUCACGGCCACACUGCUGCGGGAGGAUGACAAGAUUGCAGACCUCAACUUCCUCAUCGGCCCUAAGCUGUACGAGGCCAACUGGCUGGAGCUGCAGAAGAAGGGGUUCAUCGCGAGGGUGCAGUGUGCGGAGGUGUGGUGUCCGAUGACACCCGAGUUCUACAGGGAGUAUCUUGUGUGUCGGACCAGCAAGAAACUGCUGUUGUAUGUGAUGAACCCCAACAAGUUCCGAGCAUGUCAGUUCCUAGUGAGGUAUCACGAGCGGAGGGGUGACAAAACAAUCGUCUUCUCCGACAACGUGUUUGCCCUCAAGCAUUACGCCAUCAAGAUGAACAAACCUUACAUCUAUGGGCCAACUUCACAGGGUGAAAGGAUUCAGAUUCUUCAGAAUUUCAAGUUCAACCCAAAGGUGAACACAAUAUUCGUCAGCAAAGUGGCCGAUACCUCGUUUGACUUGCCAGAAGCAAAUGUGCUUAUACAGAUCUCAUCUCACGGAGGUUCUCGAAGGCAAGAAGCACAGCGACUCGGCAGAAUUCUUAGAGCAAAGAAAGGUGCAAUCGCAGAGGAAUACAACGCCUUCUUCUAUACUCUAGUGUCUCAGGACACUCUGGAGAUGGGCUACUCUCGCAAGAGACAACGGUUCCUUGUCAACCAGGGAUACAGCUACAAAGUCAUCACCAAGCUGGCUGGAAUGGAUGAGGAGCCUGACAUGCUUUACAAGACGAGAGAGGAGCAAGGCCAGUUACUGCAGCAGGUGUUGGCCGCUAGUGAGACGGACGCUGAUGAGGAGAGAGUGCCGGGGGAGGGAGGAAGAGCAGUACCAGGGGGAGCCGGCACCUCCCGGCGGUCUGGCACUCUGGCCAGUAUGUCUGGCGCAGACGACGCCGUGUACAUGGAGUACCGUCGCCAGUACCUGGCCAAUAUCAAACACCCGUUGUUCAAAAAGUUCCGAGGCUAGCCUAUAUGUUGUUAAUAAAUGUAUU